UUUGAGAGUUGUCGGGCUUCCAAGCUCCAAGAAGCUGAUGGCAAGUCGAGCUCGGCGGACUACUUUUAAAUCUUUUUAGCUUGUUUCCCCCCACCCCCUUAUACUAAAUCAUUGUCUUUGCUGCCAUGUCAUCUAAGUGCCGAGCAGUGCAAGCCAUCCAGGGUCUAGACCGUAGAGUCCACUAGCUACCCCCGCCCACCCUCCUGCUGGGAUGCUCCGGAAGAGCAGCGCCGGAGGUGGCAAACAACCCACUCAUCAUGGCGCAGGCCGCCACCACUCCAAAUUCCUCACAGGGUCUCUGUCGACUGGGUCCACCAAGACCUGGGAUGGGGGCCGGCACCGGUCCAGGGAGAGGGGCCUACUGAGCAGCAUGGGCCUGUUGUCUUGCCCCUUGGAGGCGCCGGGAGUGGACCCGGAGUACAUGAUGCAGCUGGUGGAUGAUGUCCGGUGCUUCGCCAACGUCCUGCUGUACCUCAAGGAGGCUUUCCAGAGUCCAGAGGUGGACGAGGGUAUUCAGCAGGUGGUGAAGGAACGUUUGGCAGAGCUGCUGCGCGUCCUCAAGGCUGUCAUCGGAAAGCAUCAGGCCCUCAACUCGGCAGACAUCCUGGGGAAGGCUGGCACUGUCAUCGCCAAGGUGAAAGGCAUCGACUUCAAAGACGUGAGGCCAGAAAACCGAGACGCCUUAUUUGGCGAGAUUCACACAUGUAUUGACACUUUGGCGUUCACAUUCGGCAAUGUAGUUUCUGACUUCCUUAUGGGAGAUGCGGACAACGGCUCAGGGUUGGGGACCCCCCAGACCAGAAGAAGCAGGUCUUUCGACAACCUCGCCGUGGACCCCGAGGAGUAUGUGUCGGAGAAGAAUGACCUCGUCGGCCCAGAUGUGCCUCUGACGCGGGAGGAAGAAGUUGACUUGACCCUGCUGAAGCAUGACAACGGGGUGGAGUCGGCGCUGCUCUACGCCAAAGCCUGGUCCAAGUACAUCAAAGACCUGCUGGCCUGGAUGGAAAAAAGGCUGAGCAUGGAUAUUGAGUAUGCCAAAAGUUACGCCAAACUGGCCGAGUCUGCAAAGCCGCUGGUAACCCAACAGGACUACAUGCCCUUCAGCGAGAUCUACAAUUCCACCUUCAAGAAUGACCUUGAAUAUAACCAGCUGCUCAUGCAAACAGCCGUAGCCCUGCAGACCAAUAAAUUCAUACAGCCUCUUCUGUCCCGGAAGCAUGAACUGGACAAGCUGAGGAAAGAUCUCAAGGAGCAGUGGCAGAAGGAGCAGAAGAAAAUGCACGAGGCAGACGCGAGCUUGCGAAAGGCUCAGGCGCUGAAGGCCCUGAAGAGAGAGGAGUACCAGAAGGCCCGCUUGUCCACAAGCCGCUCCCUGGAGGAGCAGCAAAACACUGGCAACAAGCAGCUGGAGAGGAAGAGAAAGCUGGAAGAGGAGGCCCUGCAGAAGGCGGAGGAGGCCCAGGAACAAUACCAGAGCUGCAUGGCUGACGCAGGCGUCAGGAGGAUGGACCUGUCCAACGUCAAACGCACCAUCCUAACACAGAUCAGAGAGACAGUCUUCCAGUGCGACCUUACUCUGAAGGCGGUGACGGUGAACUGGUUCCAGAUGCAGCAGGCCCAGACGGCGGCGCUGCCCGCACACCACCAGGCCCUGAGGGACAGCGCCAAACUGUACGAGACGGGUGAAUGCUACUCGGAGUUUGUGCGCCGCUUGCCCAAGAACCUGCCCAGGGAGCGCGUGCACUCGGACUCUGUCUCCUCAGACAGCAUCAGAUUCGUGUUCACUAAGAGGUCCGUGGGAAGCACGCAUUCCUCCCACGGCAACCUGUCGCAGGCCUCCCUUACCUCCUGCGACGUCCUCAGCGGGGAUGAGGUAGACAGUCCCCUGCACGGGCCCAAGAUAGGUGAGCUGAGGUCCAACAGCAGCACGGACAUUCAAGGACUGAGAAGCCAAGCACCCCUCAGAGCCUGGACCUCCAGUAGUCCAGGGAGCCAGGGGGGGAUGUGCAGCGACUCAGAGAGUGCGGGAGGCAGCAGUGAGUCCAGGUCCAUGGACUCCCCAUCUGCCAGUCCAGGUGACUUCAAGCGCCGUCUGCCCAGGACCCCCUCCACCGGCACAAUGUCUUCUGCUGACGACCUGGAUGAGAGAGAACCUCCAUCGCCUUCAGACAACGGUCUGGCAGAGAUGGUGACUGAGACAGCGAGCUCUCCCGGCCCCUUUCGAAACGCCCAAAUGUCCAAAGCUGCCCAAACCCACAAGCUGAGGAAGUUACGAGCACCGUCCAAAUGUCGGGAGUGUGACAGCCUGGUGGUCUUCCACGGGGCCGAGUGCGAAGAGUGCUCUCUGGCCUGCCACAAGAAGUGUCUGGAGACGCUGGCCAUCCAGUGCGGGCAUAAGAAGCUACAAGGCAAGUUGCAACUCUUUGGCAUCGGCUUCGCCCAAGCAGCGAAGAACAGCGCAGACGGGAUCCCCUUCAUCAUCAAAAAGUGCACUUCCGAGAUCGAAAGCCGCGCCCUCAACAUCAAGGGCAUUUAUCGUGUGAACGGCGCCAAGUCACGUGUGGAGAAGCUGUGCCAGGCUUUUGAAAACGGCAAAGACUUGGUGGAGCUGUCUGACCUCUCACCGCACGACAUCAGCAACGUUCUCAAGCUAUACCUGAGACAAUUACCAGAGCCGCUGAUCCUAUACCGCUACUACAACGACUUCAUCGGUCUGGCCAAGGAGUACCAGCGGGCGGUGGUGGAGGAGGCCGACUCACUUCAGAGCGCCCAGGCGGAAGGGGAGAAGCCCGGCGGCCCGAGCAUCCACCUCAACCAUGCGCUCCACCGGAUCAGGGACCUGCUGCGUCAGCUGCCGGCAGCCAACUACUGUACUCUGCAUUACCUCGUAGCGCACCUGAACAGAGUGGCGGAGCAAGCAGAUGAGAACAAGAUGACGGCAAGCAACCUGGGCAUCAUCUUCGGCCCCACGCUGGUCAAACCCCGGCAGGCCGACGCCGAUGUAUCCCUGUCCUCCCUGGUGGACUACCCAUACCAGGCACUCAUGGUGGAGCUGCUGGUGCGGCACUUUCCGGCAAUCUUUGGCACCUCACCGCCUGGCGGCUCUAACGCCGCAACCCGGCUCACCGCGCAGGAGAAGCUACAGCGGCUCAGCAGACACUCUGCCUCACUGAUGGACAUUAAAGAGAGCGCCAAAGUGUACAAGAGGUUCUCCUCCGUCAUCCCAUCCUCUCACAUCCUGGAUGAGGUCCAGGAGGUCCAGCCAGGAACAGACAGAACAGAAGCCUUGGAGGAACUCAACGGCGUCGCAGAGGUUCAGAAGUCCACCCUAAUCUCCAGCCGUCCCAGUUCCACCAGCUCCUCUUCCUCCCUGGCACCAAAGGUUCAGCUCCGAGCCCAGCGCACUCGCCUGGCGUCUCGGCCCAUCAGCAUGCCGCUUGAACACCUGCCGAGUCCCACCCAGGUCAGCGAGCGGAGCAACAGGAACCUGGCAGCCAAAACGGACUUGGCUGAGCGAGUUGAGCCCGCGGUGGAAACUAUCAAGGAGGUAUUGGAACCAGAAAAGUCCAGGCACGCCGGCUCAUCCCGCAUCAGCGCCUACUACAUCACACCGUUCAUCAACACUCAAGCAAUGCAGAGGAGGGCAUGGGACAGGAAGUACAAACAUUAUGACGUCACUCCCCGGACUGCCAUGAUAAUGGCCAAGUUGCCCAACGCCACUACCGGGGGGGUACCGGCCACCAGCGCUGUCCCAGCUGUCCCGGCCCCCACCACGAGUACUGUUACCACCGUGUUCUCCAGCAACCCCUACGCCGUGUCCGUCAAACCUGCCUGGACCUUCAUGCAAGACAAUGAAGAUGACUCUUCUUCGCUGAGCUUGCCUCUAACGCUCAGACCGCCAAGGACUUUGCAGCCCCCCCCGGGGACCUUCUACAAGCCUCCUCCCACCUCCAGCAGCAGCAGAGCUCGGACGCUUCCCGACUGGACUACCACCAUCACCGCCGUCACAAACUCAAGCGCCACCGCUACCGCCGCCACUGACCCUGAGCGGGCGGUGCCCCCCAAGGCCCCCCAUACACCCCCACCACCAACCCGACUCCAGAUGCAGGACUCCACCGACAGCGCCAUCGACCCCGGGGUCGCGACCUCUGCUUCCCUCUCGCCCCCCCAGUCGCCGCCCCCGAGCAGCCCCGAUGACCUCAGCCCCAGCGAGACUAAACCAGUCUACCAGAGACUUCGACCUCGGCGGCUUCAGGAGUUGGAGCACAGGGAGGCCCACUUUGUGUGACCCUACUCGUGUUUGGGCUUUGUUAUUUUUGACAGUCCUGUGGAAAUACGACGCCAUGAAAGUGUUAUAAGUACUAAUAUAUUCUAUAAUCUGAACAAACCACUGAAUACAAAAGAGAGCCUAUCGUUUGUCUUUUAUUGAACUCCCAAAUUGCACUUAAUGCAGCUUUUACUCUGCAAAUGUGCUCACACACCAGCACAUUUUAAUGUUUUUUUUAUACCCCUUUUUAAAUGUUGUAGUCUGUGAUUGGUACCUGCUAUGUAAACAGUAUUUAUCUCGUAUUUUACUAUCCAAUCAUUCAUUCAUCCUUGCAUGUUUGUUUGUAGCAUUCCAGUGACCUUGCAGAUGACGCGCGGCAGUUCUCGCCGCAGAUUAAAAAAAUGUUCCUUAACUUGAAAGUUGCUUUUUUUCAUGGUAUUGGUUUUGGGUUUCUUCACAAUGCGACUUUAAAAGUAAAAAAAGGAAGUAAAAAAUAUAUAUAAAAAAUAAAAACAAAUAACAUUGAAUUAAAAUAGCACUGGAAUAGUAAGUAACAGACGUGGAAGAGGUAUAGCAAGGAAAACAUCAGCAGUUAAUGACAGAGAUAUUCUAAG